GAGCCCUCCUGUAAGCUCAGUCAGAGCAAAGGAGCAACUGAGACCAGAGGGACAGGGAGUGCAAAGGGACCUAUACCACACAACAAAUCACUGCUCUCUGACGUGAAACUUGCACGUGGCUUUGGACUUGAUGACUUGUUGGGAGAGUUAGUAGGGAGCACCUGUGUUAUGUCAGAGAGAAGCAGAAGAGCACACUGCUAUCUGUGUAAAAUUUUAUGUUUUGUGAUUGUGGUGAGGAACCAGUUUGUACUUUAAGGAGAAAAGAAGAAGACUGGGCACAGAUCAAAACUGGACCUCAUCCAUCUCCUCUUGGGCUGCAUCCCCGCGGGUGCAUCGUGUGCGGACAGACAGAUUGAUUUGAACACUGAACUGCAUCUUUUGAUGAAAGCCCAACUUUUGUGGAUCUUGCAGCUUUUCCAGCCACCACACAACUUCGCUGGAGACUGGAUCCACUGCUCAGUGUGAGAAACAGCAGGAGAGAGUGGGGUGGGAAAAGAGAAUAUUGCCAUCCAUCUCUAGCCCCCACAGCCCACCCUCAGCUUUGGACGCCCCUCCUCUCUGCCUCUUCUUUUGCCCCCUGUACCCCCCCCCCCCUCCUCUACACCUCACUCCCCAACAGAGCAGAAAGCGUGAAAAAUCUCACUAAUGGGUUUAUUUGCUGUCAGAUCUGCGCCGAUCUGUCAUUCCCUUGGACCAUUCUGCUUGACACAUUUCAUAGUUGAGUAAGCCUCCUGGCUUUCUGGCUAGAGUUAACAGUACCCCUGCAACGUUGUGCUGGCUGAGAGCUCAUCAAGAGGGGAGCAGCGGCGGCAGCAGUCAGUCUGACAGUCUCUUGGACAGGGAGUCCCUGAAGCUGCAUUCCUCUAGUCUCCUUCUCCCCGUUAGGACUUUGUGUUUGUGAGCCUUGUGGGCAUCCUCAGCUUCUGUGUAAUCACACGGCUGGUCUCCUCCACAGAAGAUUCUGGUUGCUUCUGCAGGGAUUCUGGUGCUGAUUGAAAAACAGUGUGAAGAUGUGGUGUGGGGCUGGUCCUCUGGCCGUGGUGGCUGCAGUGUUUUGGACUCAGUGUGUCCUUCUGGAUGGGGUGGAUGCCAAGAAGGAGAGAAAGAGGCCAAAGGAGGCCACCCCACAACACACAGAGACCUACAAUGCUACUCUCUCCAACAGUGAAGAGGUCGGUGGAAGCAUCAAGAGUUCUGACAACCAGAGAGUGGAUCCACUGGGAUCAUGGAUGGACUUUGUCAAAAGACCUGUUGGCAACUUCCCUGGAAAAUGUCGCAAACGCAAACGACCCCUGCCAGGCCCACCUGGUCCUCCAGGUCCUCCUGGCCCACAGGGACCUCCUGGCUCCCCUGGGGCUGAAGUGACCCAGGAAGUUCUUCUCCAGGAGUUCAAAGAGAUGAUUAAAGAGGCUACAGAGAGGAGAGCAGCAGCAUUGGACAGACAAACCAGCCCCAGCCAGCUACCUACAGCUCUCCUCACCCUGGAGGGGAUGACCUCCUACCGGCGAAUAGAGGAAGCUUUCCACUGCAAGCUCAAGGGACCUGUGGUGGUCGACAAGAAGACUCUGGUGGAGCUCCAGAACUUUCAGACACCACCAGCUAAAGGAGCCUUCCUCAGAGGGUCGGGAAUGGACCAGUCUACCGGAAGAUUCACAGCUCCCAUCACUGGGAUCUACCAGUUCUCUGCUAAUGUCCACAUUGAUCACAACGAGGUGAAGAGGAGCAAGAGUCAGCUCAAGCCCAGGGAUAAUAUUCGGGUGCUGAUCUGCAUCGAAUCACUCUGCCACAGAUACACCUCACUGGAGAUGAUUGUUGGAUUAGAAAGUAACAGCAAGAUCUUCACUGUCAGCGUGCAGGGGCUGCUGGAGCUACAGGCCGGGCAGUACACCUCCAUAUUUGUGGAUAAUGCAGCAGGCGCUUCCAUUACAAUACAGAACGGUUCAGAUUUUAUGGGCAUGCUGCUUGGUGUAUAGCGUCACACACGAGCAGGGCAUCGUCCAAGCCAUCCACUGCUGCCGUUUUCUUUUUGUGUUUUUACAAUGGACUGCUUAUGAGCACUAUCACACAGUACCAAACCACGUGGGAGGUUUGAAGGAAGGAAGUGAGGCUGACAUUGACUUGACUGCUUGUCAGAUGGUGUAAGGACAGUGUGAAGAACUCAAGGACUGCGUUUGUUUUUCACAGUGCACUGCCACUUCCCUGAGGAACUUGGAUGCCUGUUGCUUCACCAAUAAAAUAACCUGAAAAUAAAGCAGUGAAUAUGUCUGUUUCAGUAUAUUUUUCAUGGUUGUUGAAGACCUUUGCGGUAAACCUAAUAUCAAUGUUUGUAAUGUUUUCUGGAUUGGUGAUGAAAGAGCUAGGGAACAUGAAAAAGUACAUUUGUGUGUUUAAUGUAUACUGACAUUAUUUUUUGUCUAACUGAUCUAUUAUGUACACACAAACUAUAGUUAUUUUUUAUCAUGGAUUAAAUCUCACAUUUAUAUAUGUUAUAUGGUACAUAGCCUGUGAGUACACUGGACAAUGGAAACACACUCAAAAGACAGAAUACGGCCUCACAAGAUCUUGGAAAUGUGAUCUCCCACAUAUGUAAUUACAUGUUUUGUAACAUAACUAUUACUGCAUUAUUUAGCCAUGCUAGCGGUGUGGCUCUGUUUGGCAACAUCGGUCAUUCAGUCCACAACUAUUUGAUGGAUUGCCAUGACAUUUUGUACAGACAUUUAUGGUCCCAAGAGAAUGAAUCCUACUGACUUUGGUGAUCCACUGACUUUUCAUCUAGCCUUACCAUGAGGCUGACAUUUGAGGUUUUGAGUGAAAUAUCGCAACAACUAUUGGAUGGAUUGCCAUGAAAUUUGGUACACACAUUCAUAUCCCCCUCAGGAAGAAUUGUAAUGUUAGCAUGCUAACACGCUAAACUAAGAUGGUAAACAUUAUACCUGCUAAACAUGUUAGCAUUGUCAUUGUGAGCAUGUUAGCAUGCUGAUGUUAGCAUUUAGUUAAAAUAACCGUUGUGCCUAAGUGCAGCCUCAUAGAGCCGCUAGUAUAGCAGACUCUUAUGGUGUAUUCACAUUAAAAUGGAAAAACAAGGGUAUUGCGCUGUGCGUUGGUCGCAUAGACUGUAUAAAACUUGGACGUAGUGUCCGUGACGUCACCCAUAGGUUUCUGAAGAGCCUUUGUGAAGCUCAAAGUGGGCGGCUCCGGCCGUCGCCAUCUUGGCAGAUGGCCCAAAAAUGGGCAAAGAGGUGGAGCUGAGGUGGGCCGAAUGAAGCCUGUUUGCUAAACCACCUAACGGCUAGCCACCUGAUAGGGCACCCGCCUGUCACUCAAACCGGCCUGCCCUUAAUUAUGCAUAACUUUAAGCCUAAUAUAAUUUAAACAGGUGAACUAUAAAAAAAUUCACCCCCGUCACAGUUGUCAUGAAGGGGAAAAUUAGCUACAGAGACCAAAACCGUUUUUUGUACCAGGCUGUAAACAUGUUUAUUUCUGCUGUAAAGUUAGGCAUUUUAACAUGUGGCUCUAUGGGGAUUGACUCACUUUUGGAGCCAGCCUCAAGUGGCACUUCCGCGCUGGCUUCAUUUCUCGGCCACGGAGGUUACUGCUUGGUUGGUCGGCACGGUCUUUACCUAUCCAGGACUACCAGUGGUGCUGUGUUAAAUGGCACCACCUUAGCUACAAUGCCAUUGUCACUAGCAGUACAUCGCUUCAUUUCAGAGACUCAAACUGUGUUUUUGUAACAAACAGCCAAGUGAAUAUCUGUUUUGUCUGGUCUUGAUAUGAAUUUCUUAUUGUACAGUUCUGGAAAUUCAGAGACACAAGUAAUUAGUUUUCGUUCAUCUUUCAGUUCAAGCUGUGGUCAACAGCGAUUGGCUGCGACUACAAAGGUCACAGCUCAGGUCAAAGUUCAACAAAUUUGAACUUUCACCCCUGCUCAGCUUGAUGUACCCCCGACCAUCACAAAGCCAUUGCAACACACCACAUACACUAUAAUGGAGGAGGUGCAUGCAAAAGCUGUUUUUCCGCAACGUGAAUAGUCCUUGUUGAAUGUGUCAGACAAAUCGGGAUAUAUCUUUUGACUGUGAGAGAGCUGUAAGAGGGUGAUUUUUGAGUAGCCUUAAGAUUAUUUUUUGUCUUUUUUUGUGUUAUCAUUUAUCAGCUGUUUAUUUUCACUGUAUUUUAUUCUUUUCUUGACAUAUAGAUGUUUGUAAUUUAUCAUAACUGAUACACCAGUAACGUUGGAAAACAUUGAAAUCUGAUAUUGGUAUUUAUGUUUGAGGAAAUGUAUGAAUCACGUGUGGAUGUACACUCUCGAGGACUGUUGAAACCACAGAUUAUUGCAAGAAUAAAAUUAUGUCUUUUUACAAUUUUUUUAUUAUCCAUAUUACUAUGCUGUAAUUUGAAAUUAAACUUUUUUUAAAAUGUU